GAUACAUGUUGACUUCAGGAAGUGUGUUUUGUUAUAGCAGGAAGUCAGAGCAGGAGGCAAAGAUGAACUCUCUAGAACAGGCAGAAGAUCUGAAAGCUUUUGAAAGAAGACUCACUGAAUAUGUGUCCUGUUUACAGCCUGCUACAGGACGAUGGAGAAUGAUUCUCAUAGUGGUUUCAGUUUGUACUGCGACUGGGGCAUGGAACUGGUUAAUAGAUCCUGAGACACAAAAGGUAUCAUUCUUCACGUCUUUGUGGAAUCACCCCUUUUUUACAAUCAGCUGUAUCACUCUUAUAGCUUUGUUCUUUGCUGGCAUACACAAAAGAGUGGUUGCUCCGUCUAUAAUAGCAGCACGAUGUCGAACCGUUCUGGCUGAAUACAACAUGUCCUGCGAUGAUACUGGAAAAUUAAUUCUUAAACCGAGACCUCAUGUCCAAUGACAACCACUUUGCUGUGUCCACCCUCCAUUGUGGGAAAUUAAAAUAAUUUCUGCAAAUGACUAAUAGAAGGAAUCGGAUACAGACUAUAUGUGUCCCACUGAAUGUCUUAUCGUUGAUUGACAGUGAAUAUAUAUAGAAUUGCUUGUAGGACGGAACUGUAUUCCUAAUUCCAGAAUGUAAGCACAUAAAUGAACCCCAUUUGGCUCAACGAACAUAACCUUAAGAGGAUAUGAAAAAGGAGCUUAAUGUGAAAUUUAUCUGGAGAUGAAAAUUUGUAGCCACAAAAAAAAAAAAGAAUUUAAAUGACAAGGUUUGGUUAUAAUACAAUUCACUGGAACUUUUAAAAAAAAAAAAAAAAAAAAAAAAAAAAAAAACCCACGGACACCACACACCCGUCAUCCAUUAUUUUUGAAGUUGGCACCAGAGGGAGAGUGCUUGCCUUGUUUAAAGAGUUACAUCGCAGAGGUAUUUUGCAAUUUCCUUGAUGUCGUCUUACAUACAGUAAAAAUGUGUAUUUAUGUGCAAGUGUAUGUCACUAUGUUUAAUAAAUGUAGCGUUGUUCAGCUACAAGUUUCUCAGUAAGAACACAUUUAUAUUCAUAUUUCUUUGUUAAAAUCCUGUUCUGUCAUUUUACCUUAAAAAAUGUUGUCUCAUCAAAACAGAGUUCUGUCUAUGUUUUGUGGAAAUAUUUAGAAAGCUUUAUAUAAUUACAUAGGCAACACGAAUAUAUAUAUAUAUCUAUAAAGAUAAAAUUAUACUUGCAUAUCAAUUUUCCUUUUACAUGCAAAGCUAAUGUCGAUUUUGAGUAUUUCUUAAAGGGAUACUGAACCCAAAUUUUUUCUUUUGUGAUUCAGAUAGAGCAUGGAAUUUUAAAGUGAAGGUAAAGUGAGAGCGGUCUUUUUCAACUAUUGUACUUUUACACAUAUGACAUACAGAAUCGCUAAUUUAUUUAUUUUUUAAAUAUUACUUAUUAUUAUAAUAUUAGGCUUUGAUUUUUUCCCUACCAUUCCGUUUAAAACUCCUCCUACGAGCCAUUUCCUGAUUUUUCAGAUUCUGACGUAUAGAGCAGUCCCACCCGCUCUAUACGUGUCUACAAUGCUCGUGCACGGCGAGUAUACGAUUUGUGCAUGCGCAUUAACACGGUUACGUCAACAAUGCGCAUGCGGUAAUCCCGUCCUGUUGCAGUGUCUAAGAAUAAUAAUGGUUACUACCCUCUCUGAAAUACAAAGUUUGUAACACAUGCGCGAAACGGGGCCGCGCUCGCAUUGCCAGUGUGAGCGAGAACAACGAACGCAUGCGCAUAGCAUACAAGACAAUGCUGACGUCAAAUGACGGCCGCCUAACGGCCUGAAAGUCAAUUGGCUGGUGAAAAAACGUGACCAGCAUGUUAAAAAAAAAAAAAAAAAAAAAAAAAAAAAGUUGAUUUCUGAUAUAGCGAGAUGGAAAUUAAAAACAGAGACAACACAGGAUCAAUGUAAGUAUAUAAAUUUUCAUGAAUGAAAGUGACAUUUUUUUUUCCUUAUAUGUAUAGGAUUUAAUUCAAAACUAUUGAACUUUACCUUCACUUUAAGUAACUUUCUAAUUUGCUCCUAUUAUCAAUUUUUCUUCGUUCUUUUGCUAUCUUUAUUUGAAAAAGAAGGCAUCUAAGCCUUUUUCUUGGGUUAGACUCUGGACAGCACUUUUUAUUGGUGGAUGAAUUUAUCCACCAAUCAGCAAGGACAACCUAGGUUGUUCACCAAAAAUGGGCCGGCAUCUAAACUUACAUUCUUGCAUUUCAGAUAAAGAUACCAAGAGAAUAAAGAAAAUUUGAUAAUAGGAGUAAAUUAGAAAGUUGCUUAAAAUGUCAUGCUCUAUCUGAAUCACGAAAGAAAACAUUUGGGUUCAGUGUCCCUUUAAAUAUCCAUGACGCUUCCUUAAUGGCAAUCCUUCCUGAUCUACCUUUACAGAAUGAAGUCAAGUUAUCAUGAGACCCAUAAUGCACUAGAAACUAAUCAGAGCAGAUAUUUUUUGUGUUACUGGCCCAACUGACUGUAAAACACUCUAAAGUCCCACUAAUCUUCCUGCUUCCGAGCAUGGACACAGCUGGUCAGCCAAUCAGAUGGAUGUAGCAGUCACACAACCCUGCAGCUCUAGAGCAGAACUUUACCUUUGUGUUUAAACCCCUUUUCAGGGUUUAAAAGGCACUGAAGAAUAGUAUAAACAUUUAUCAAAAAUAAACAAUGUGUAUUUACAAAAAUAAAAUAAUUUAUACUAUCAAACUAUGUGAUAUUGUACAAUGUGCUCCAGAAUCCAAUGAACUGGAAAUAAAGGAUAGUCCCAAUAUAGAAAAGUUUUCUCUUAAUAAAGGGCAUGUGGAAAAGAGCUAUAUCUGAGCUCUCAGUGUAAAUAGCAUAAAAGGAUAUGUAUCCCCUCUGCGGUAAUACGAAAGUCUGGCACGAAAUCUUCAAUUAAAAUAUGUGCUUAUUACAUCAAAAAAUGAUACAGGACAUACAUAUAGGCAGGUAAGUCUUAGCAGGUAACAGCUCUACAGAUACAGACGCCAAUCUGCACUAAGCGUUUGCACCAAUAAUGGAGCCAAUAUUUACUAGACCAUCCAAACAGUUCAGCCUUGAUAAUGUAAAAAGUCCUUCCUUGUACCAUCAAAAUACUCCAAGUAUUUUAACAGAUACAUGGAAGAUAUAGCUCUUUACCAACUUACCCUUUAUUGAGAGAACACUUCCAUGUUGGGACUACAUCCUUUAUUUCCAGUUCAUUGGAUUCUGGUGCACUGUGUAAUAUAUCACACAGUUUGAUUCUAUAGAAGAAUAGUUGUCUUUACCUUUAAAGAAAAACAUUUGAUCAAUGUUUACAGAGCCUCUUCCCUGAUUAGUCUAUUGUAAUUAUAGUUUACUGAUCUGCUUCAAUUUGCGCUUUUCUGAGUAUGUAGAAAAAGAGAACAGUUGUCAUUGCAAUAGAACACUUGUGAAGAGUUAUUUUAUCAUUAACGUAUUUCCUCUUCCCAGUCCUGUACAGGAAAAAAACAUAAUAAAAGUGCCCUAACAUAUCCUAAUGGCUUGAAUCAGAACACAAUGUUAUUUAUAAUUUCAUCUCUUAUUAGCUAUUUUUCAUUUUUUUCUUAUUUAGAUUUCUGUAAAAGAGUACAGCAAUGUAUGCUUUUCGGGUUUAAUUUUUUUUCUCCCCUCCAAAUACUUGAUCGCAUUUGCACUAUAAAGCUGAUUUUUAUCAUUUCAUUUCUUAAUUCAGAUGUCUUAUAAAUACCAUAUAAUAUUUCAAUAUUUUGAAUUAUUUCCACUCCUUAUUUACCAGUGCUACAAAUAAAGGGGACUUUCAGUUAUGAAGUAUAAAAAUACUUCAUGCUAAAAGUUUCUUUAUUUGUCUGCAGCGUUCGCCGCGCUUAACGCCUCAGGCCUCUCACGGAAGACAUUUCUACCUCUUACCCAAUAGCCGUGCGGCCCAGUUGGUAUUAUGCUUUAUGGCUAGCACGCUAUUGGCCAACAUCACCUCAUUGAUAAAAUAGCGUUCUGCUGUGGGAGGCCUGAGGCGCUUAGCGCAGCAUACACUGCAGGCAAAUAAAGGAACUUUCAGCAUGAAGUAUUUUUUUAUUUGUAGCACUGGUAAAUCCUAUCGUUUCAAAAACACUAUAUUUACCAUCACUUUAACAUUAUCAGUUUUGAUUUAUUACAGUGAUCAGACUUGACACACUCUGUGCCAGAGAUCUCUACAGAUAAUUAGUACCCCCUUUGUUAAGAAUGUACUAUAACUCAUUUGUAUAAAUAAACAAUACUGUUAGUAUUUUAUUUAUGUGCAUAUUUGUCAUGAAAACUUUUAUUUCAAUAUUUACUAUGGUUUUUUAAUAAAAGAAAACUCUGUUUCUCUCAA